UUUUAUUUUUUUAUGUGACGUUUUUUUUCUCUACUUUGAAACCCUAGAAUUAUUCUACUUCUUAGAUCGAUGCCCGAAUUAAUGGCGGAUCGUCCACACAUGUCUUGUUUUCUCUGAAAUCUUGAUCAUUUUAUGGCCCGAGUUUUGUUCAUCUUCGAUAGCUUCGGCAGAUGGGAGUCGGAUCCGUUGUUCUCGGCGGCCGAAGUUGUGCAAGAUUCGGCCGACAGGAUGGAGUCAGUUUUCCGGAUGCUGUUGCAUGAACAGAAGCUUGUUCAAGGGGAGUCUUCAGAUAGCAAGCUCCUUGGUCAGAUCCAGUAUCACAGGAGAGACCUUCUGACUGCUCUUGAGACGACAAAAUGGCAGUUGGAGGACUUUGAGAGGGCUGUAAAUUUUGCUGCUUCAUCUGAUAAAUCCAACUCAAGGCAAAAUGCAAUAGUAAAGCAUAGAGAGUUUAUUAGAGCAAUAAGAGAACAGAGUGCGCAAGUGGAGAGAGGUCUAGCUUCAUCAACAACGGAUUUUGACAGAAAUUCACAAUGGGCAGCCUUAAAUGAACAAGACAGAGAUGGGUUAGCAUCAUUUCUUUCUGGAGGUGAUUCCAAUGACUGUCAUGCACACUAUGAGCGUGGGAAUAGCAGCAUUAUGAGAAGGUUCCUUGAUUCAAACUUGGAAAGUGAUGAAAUUGUUGAGGUCAAAGUUGAAGAAGGUGAUAAUCCUGAAAAAUAUGGUUUAGGAGCGCGGACACUCUGCCAGGAUUCAGAGGUAGAGCAAGGAGAAUCAAAUACUUCCUUUACAGAUUAUGAUUUGGAAAAUGGCGAAUCAGGUAGUAAAUGCUAUGCUUAUAGUAGUAGGUUCAGAAGGAUGCCUAUUUGGAGGUUCUUUAGAAACUUUCAGCUUGCUAAUACGGGUAAAAGGAGCUUUGCAAAGAGAAGAAAAGAUGGGGAAAUCACCGACGAUGUGCUUGCCGAUACUGGAGGAGGGAUGUUAUCCUCAGCUUUUAACAUAUCUCCAGCUAAGCAGGAUAAAUAUGCUGGUUCACAUCUUGGGAUUUUCCCAAUAUCAAACAAUCUGCAAUUCAUACAUUCACAUAGGUGGUGGGUAGAGGCUUUCCGGAGGAGGGUUCAAAGAACUCGGUAUGAUAUGCUACACUACUGGCGUCCCACUCGAUUAUUAUCAGCAAUACUGAUUACACUGGCUGUUUUAGGCUUCUUGAAAUUUUAUAUCAUGUGAAGCACAUGGCUAAACCCUUUUCAUUAAAUUUUGUUCUUAUUCUGGCCAUGGGAGCUGCUUCAUGGUGUUUCAUCAUUUCGGCAAACAAUCCAAUCAAAGAAUCCUAGUUAAAGUUGAGCAACUCCUCUUCCCUGAACAAUUAUAGAUACCGAUGUUUGUAUUACUGUUGAUAUUUGCGAAUUGUAAUUUUCUUGAGACCAAAGUGUAAUGAUGUGCCCAGUUAUGUGAAUGAAGUUGUUCUACGUGGUUUCUGCAA